AGGGAUUUGGGGCGCGCCGGACAAAAAAAGCGUUCCAGCCGCGUCCCCCAAAGCCCUUUUGUGUCCGGCGCGCCCCUAUACGGUGUCCGGCGCCCCGAGCCCGUCCCCGUCCCACAGGGGACGCUCCGGGGACGCCGGACACAACGAAAAGCGAGGCGGGCUCCCACAUGUCGGCGACUAUUUGCAUAAACCGUUGGUUCGCGCCUCUUUUCUCGUCGCUCCUUCCUUCCCGCGCCUCCCACCCCACCGCCGCCGCUGGAUUUCCCGGCCGUUUGGGCGUCUGAUCUGUGCUGCGAGUCAGCACCGUUGUCGCGGCUGGGGCUCCCGCCGGUCGUGCCGCCGCCGCCGCGUCGCCAGCGCCUCCCAGAACGCGCCGUCAAAUCCGCCCCACCUCCGCGCACAGAAGGUGCUCGACGACUGGCCAGCCAUGGACAGCGACGAUGAGAUGGUUGCCCUGCUGCUGGAGGACGAGCAAGCGUUCGACGACGACCUGCGGGAGCAUUUGCUGAUCAUCGCGUCCCUCCAGGACAUGCUUGACGCUGAGGCGGAGAAGAGGAAGAGGCCGCGCCGCGGAGGAUCAAGGCCGGGAAGAAGAAAGUCGAAGCCCCGGCAGAGGAUGGAGGGGCAUGCCAUGCUGCACAACGACUACUUCGCCGACGACGCAACACAUGCCGACAAUGUUCGGCGCCGGUACAGGAUGAGCAAGGGCCUGUUCAUGAAUAUCCUCCACGGCGUUCGAGAGUUCGACCCCUACUUCAAGCUCAAGGUCGACGCUGUAGGCGUUCUCGGGUUCUCAUCCAUUCAGAAGUGCACCGCCGCCAUGAGGAUGCUUGCAUGCGGAGCACCUGCCGAUACACAGGACGACUACCUUCGCAUGAGUGAGUCUACUGCCAUUGAGUGCAUGUACAAGUUUUGCCGAGCUGUGGUGGGAAAGUUUGGCAAAUACUACUUGAGAGGGCCAAGCGAGGAAGAGAUCGCAAGGAUCAUGGAGAAACUGUUCUUUGGAGCAGAUCAGCGAGAGACUGGUGUGAUAGCUGAUGGAUGGCUGAGCGAAGUUGGCUUCGAGAUAGACGACGGCUGCCGUGCGGCCGCAUAA